CCUGCAGUGGCCCCUACUCCUCCAGCCUCAACCAGACACCAUGAGUGGCCGAGUCGGAGACCUGAGCCCCAAGCAGGCAGAGACCCUGGCCAAGUUCCGAGAAAAUGUGCAGGACGUGUUGCCCGCCCUGCCCAAUCCUGAUGACUAUUUCCUUCUGCGCUGGCUCCGAGCUCGGAAUUUUGACCUGCAGAAAUCAGAGGCCAUGCUCCGCAAGUACAUGGAGUUCCGGAAGUCCAUGGACAUUGACCACAUCCUUGAUUGGCAGCCCCCAGAGGUUAUCCAGAAGUACAUGCCUGGAGGCCUAUGUGGCUAUGACCGGGAUGGCUGCCCUGUGUGGUAUGAUAUCAUUGGGCCACUUGACCCAAAGGGGCUGCUCUUCUCAGUCACCAAGCAGGAUCUGCUAAAGACCAAGAUGAGGGACUGCGAGCGCAUCCUGCAUGAGUGUGACCUGCAGACAGAGCGGCUGGGGAAGAAGAUUGAGACCAUUGUGAUGAUAUUUGACUGCGAGGGCCUGGGACUGAAGCACUUCUGGAAACCACUGGUGGAAGUGUACCAAGAGUUCUUUGGCCUCCUUGAAGAGAAUUACCCAGAGACCCUGAAGUUCAUGCUCAUUGUGAAAGCCACCAAGCUAUUCCCUGUGGGCUACAAUCUCAUGAAGCCCUUCCUGAGUGAAGACACUCGCAGAAAAAUUGUAGUAUUGGGAAACAACUGGAAGGAAGGUUUGCUGAAACUUAUCAGUCCCGAGGAACUGCCUGCUCAUUUUGGGGGGGCUCUGACUGAUCCAGAUGGAAACCCCAAAUGUUUAACUAAGAUCAACUAUGGUGGGGAGAUCCCCAAGUCCAUGUAUGUGCGGGACCAAGUGAAAACUCAGUAUGAGCACUCAGUGCAGAUCAGUCGUGGCUCCUCACACCAGGUGGAAUAUGAAAUUCUGUUCCCAGGCUGUGUCCUCAGGUGGCAGUUCUCAUCUGAUGGUGCAGACAUUGGCUUUGGGGUUUUCCUGAAGACCAAGAUGGGGGAGCGGCAACGGGCUGGGGAGAUGACAGAAGUACUCCCCAGUCAGCGCUACAAUGCCCACAUGGUGCCUGAGGAUGGGAGCCUCACCUGCUCUGAAGCCGGUGUCUAUGUCCUGCGCUUUGACAACACCUAUAGCUUUGUCCACGCCAAGAAGGUCAGCUUCACAGUGGAGGUGCUGCUCCCAGAUGAGGGCAUGCAAAAGUAUGACAAGGAACUUACCCCUGUCUAGGCAGGUCCCUCACUUCUCAGAGACUCCUGACCCUCUCCUUUAUCUAUAUCCUACCAUCCCCUCUUCCCUCAGAAAUUGAUCAUUAGUCCUCUUGACUCUGUGAGAUUAGUGAGUAGAGAAAGAGCUGCUGCCUUGGGGAAGAUUUAUAUGUUGUGGUCAUACCAGGAAAGUUAUGAGAGGCACAGUUUUGGAGGAUGGCAAGAUUGCAUAAGAGGAAAAAGCAAGGUGAAAGCAAGAGAUGAAUGUCACUGAAAACCAAGAAACCAGAAAAUGAAUCCUUAGCUUUAUGUUCUCA